AUGGCGAGAUGUGUGCAGAAGCACAGUAAAACUGAGGCUGUUCUUUGUAUUGUCCAAUACCUGAAUAAAACCUUAGUGAACGUUUUUUUUGUUUUCCCCCUCGUAUUAAAGGUGGACAGCAGAGCCGAGUCAAUUGACAAGAAAAUCGCUAGGCUUGAUGCAGAACUAGUGAAGUAUAAGGAUCAAAUGAAGAAGAUGAGAGAGGGGCCUGCAAAGAAUACAGUAAAGCAGAAAGCAUUGAGAGUGUUAAAGCAGAAGCGAAUGUAUGAACAACAGAGGGAUAAUCUAUCACAGCAGUCUUUUAAUAUGGAACAAGCUAAUUACACUAUUCAGGCACUGAAGGAUACAAAGACAACGGUUGAUGCAAUGAAACUGGGGGUGAAAGAAAUGAAGAAAGCUUACAAGCAAGUCAAAAUUGAUCAAAUUGAGGACAUACAAGAUCAGUUAGAGGAUAUGAUGGAAGAAGCCAAUGAAGUCCAGGAGGCGCUGAGUCGUAGCUAUGGAACGCCAGAGAUUGAUGAAGAUGACUUGGAAGCAGAACUGGAUGCGUUAGGUGAUGAGCUUUUAGCUGAUGAAGACAAUUCCUACUUGGAUGAAGCCGCAUCUGCUCCAGCAAUCCCAGAGGUCACUCCUACUGACACGAAAAACAAA